UUAUAUCCAAGGUUUAUAAUAUUUAAAAUAUUCCAAUAUGCAAUCAUUGGUCCUCCUUCUGGUCCUUUUCUGGGCGAGUUUUCACCUAGCUAAUCCUAAGACAGAAAAUUCAGAAACAGAAGAAAGAAAUUAUCAAAUUACUAACCCUUCAGCAAAAAUCUUUACAAGUGAUGUAGAAGAUCAGGCAUCAAAAUAGAGAUUUGGACCAAGAAUAUCCAAAACCAAGAGUAAAGUUUAAAGAAUUGAAUGACUUACCACUUGAUAAGAUAAUUCCAGACCUGAGCUUGACUAGAUCGCUUGCUAUCUCAAGUUUUGGCUCCGGCUUUCAGAAUGAGAGAAGAAAACUCUCAGUAAUACAGGAGAAUUUGAAUGAUGGCAUCUCACUUCAGGCGUUGGUGACAGAAACAGGAGGUUUAAAGUACUCUACAAAUGAAAUGCCGGCCCUCAUGGCAGUUUCUCAUAGCAAGUAUAUUGUCCAAAAUGUUCCCUUCUCUCUACAGCUCAUUAUAUCAAAAUCCUUGCUGAUUGAAGAUACAGUUUUAGCUGAAUUCAGUAGUUCUAAGUCAUCUUUCAAGAUCUCAUCAGUUUGCUCGUUGGACCAGCACUCUUAUUACAACCAACACUAUAAUUGUGAAUUUGAAGAAAUUUCAACACUUGAAGAAUUAACACUAUCGUAUACUGUUAUUGAGAAAACAAGCAUGAGGAAAGUAUCUGCUGAGGUCCUGACCUCCUGGAAGAUACAUGCCAUAGAGAUGCCAUUCCUAACAGAAGCUAGUCCUAGAUACCUCGAAGUUGACACUACUAACGAGGACUCUUAUACUCAGACGAUCCGAAUCUUUGGUGAAAAUUUAAGAACUGAUUUUUCACAAGUCUUGUUUGGAGAGAAAGCCCAAAGAUCAUUUAUAGCUGCAGAUGAUGGAUCCUACAUCGAUAUAGAUGCUCCAAUAAUCUCUUUCUAUGAAACUACAGAUCAAUUAAUCGCCGAAGUUAAGCUUCAGAUUAAUGAUGGAGAGGAUCUCUUCACGAAUUCAAUCACUGUUGUGUAUUUUAGACUCGAGAUCCAAGAAAUAAGAGUAAAAUGUAACUGCAAGAUUCCCCAAAGUAGUAGUUUCCCUCUGGAAUGAAUCAAUGGAAAUGAUAUCGUGUUUAGCAAUACAGCUAACUUGAUUAGGUACCAAAAGCCUAUACUUGUGGAGAGCCUUACAGGAUCUAUCAGCCCCAUCAAACUUGUUGAAAGACUUAAUAUUCAGACAAAUAUGGACUUAGAGUUUGAAACAGGCAUCUUGAAUAAUGUUGAAAGUGGUACAGUUACAUUACAGAAGCAUUUUCAAGGAAAAUCCUAUUAUUCUGGUCAACUGGAGAUUCUACAGUCUCCAAUACUUUUGAGAUUCGAUAAUGACCUGCUACAUGAAAGAUCUACCUCUUGCUUGACUAUUAGGAUUAUUCUUAAUAAUACUCCACAAAGACAGAAUUCUCUUUUCUAUGUAAUUGUUGAUAAUGACUUUUCUAUUAUGAGAAGCGGAUUUACUGAAACUAUAGAGACUAAUGUAGAAGAGAUAUGCCUAUUAAAUCCAUUACCUCUUGGGAGCUAUAAAAUGCAUCUGACUAGAGACAACUGAACUCUUUCUGAACCUUUAAGCUUCAACAUAAUUGAAAUACCAACUGUGUCUAAAGUUACCCCAUGUGCUCUAGAUUCUGUGACAGGGGGAAAUUUAUUUAUAAAGGGCUUCAAUUUUACUAAAAUUACUCAAGUAAAAUUAGGUGAAUACGUAGUCCCAUCAGAAAAUACAGAAAUUAAUGGGCUUCUUACAAUGAUAACAUUAUCGUUUGGCUCAAUCCCUGACUGGAGUUUGUUCAACAUAAAUUCUGAGAUAUAUUUGUCAAAUAACCAAGGUAUUGAUUGGAUGGAGUCUGGUGUAUUUAUACAAUUUAUCAGUAUGAAUACCUCAUCAACUCUUUACUCAAAUCUGCAUUCCUCCUUUACUGACCUGUUGGAUCCCUUUACAGUGCUCUCAUCAGACUCAGAGUCUCGGACUAGUGAAUGCUCAGAUAACUUAAAGGCAAUUCCUACAGUGAUAUCCCAUGAAGAGUACUACAAGCUCUUUAUCAGAGUUGAUAAGCUACUCAAAGCUGAAGAAACCAGGAUAGAGAUAUCUUCAUUCGCAUUUGACUGUAUCAUAGAGUCAUAUUGUAUGGUAAACAUCAGCCAGGAAAGGUACUUCUUCCACUAUAUCAACGAUACUAUCGGAUAUUGCCAGAUUGGUGACUUAGUAAAAGCAUACUCUGACUACCAAUCCCCACUAGAAAUAUCUUUAUAUGCUAGGUUUUACACUUUUGAAGAGGACCAGGUCCUUCCAAUCCAGCAAGAUAGUGAGCAGCACCAAGCACUUGCUUAUGUUUUUAAAGGACUGAGCUUUCUGAAAUUAGACUAUGAAGAUAGCUUUGCAUCUUUACUUGAAACUAGAAGAAAAGUUGAUAUCAAGAUUAGCCCCAUUUUCAUACCUGAGUACUAUCGAACCAGGAUAAAGUGCUUUCUAAAUGAGAUCGAUGAUUUUGAAAAUACUAGUAAACAACAGUACACAGGCACUUCUGAAUUAGGAACUAGUGCCGAUGGAAAAUAUGAAGAUAUUUCAUGAGAAUUCAACAUCAGAUCUGGAGAUAUUCGAAGAUACUAUGUUACACUCCAAAUUGAUGAUAUUUCUAUAGAGUAUCAAGACCAAGAAAUCUUUACUGCAGGACUUCCUAAAAUCACUGAAGUUAGCUCUGAGACAUUUGAGUAUGACUACUAUCAGAUUGGCAGAACCACGGAGGAUGUCACCUUCAGAGUUAUCUACGAAGGCUUUAUAGAUUUUACUUGAAACUUUGAAAUAUUCACGGAAACUGAGGUUAAAAUUAUAUCGACAAUCCAAGCAACCUACGUUAGCAAGGUAGAUGGGAAUUUACUCACCUCUGAUUUGAUCAAUGGGAUCUCUAUUCUGGAGUAUAAGUGACAAAUAGGAUGGGAACAGAUAUUGCAGAAUUCAGAAAACCAGAUUUACCUCUCAAUUUCUUCAUUAGCUUCAACCCCUGCUAAAUAUUUGUAUGAUACUUAUACUGGAAGGUUUACUGAGCUGAUUAAGGCAAUCAAAUAUUUACCCUCCAGUUCUAUAAAAGAAUAUCAAGUUUAUUUUGAAGAGAAAAGUACCGGUGUACAAAUAGAAGUAAUUUUUGAUUCAGCCGAGAAUCCAACUAUUACUCAAGAUUGGAUCUGAAAGAUACAAAAUGGAUUGGAAAGUAUUGAGUCUAGUGUUUCGAUAGAGAAUAAUCCAAAAUGUGAGUUCUUAGUAGCAAGAGCAACAAAAACAUAUGAUCUAACUUUGUACAAUUCCCAGAAGAAAAUAGCAUUGUUCAAAUCACUUUCAAACAAUGAUAGGCUAUCCUUUUUAAAAUUGACUCUUGAAAUGAACCUUCUCUUGAAGUAUAACACUUACACUCCAGUUGAGUCUAUUCUAAUAUAUUCCAGCUCUUCUUCUCCAGAGGUUGAAUUCACUCCAAUGCAGUCUGCAACAGUUGCAUGCUUAUACAGGGAUCUUAAUUACAGGUCAUCUUACAUUUCAAGUUGUGAAGUGCCUCCGAUUGGUAUGACAUUAUUUAAAGAUGAGAAAUCAGCAGCUAUCAACAUUCAGCUUGAAAUUACAACUUCAAAUGUAACCUAUCUGACUACUCCUUCUUCUCUAACACUGUACCAGAUCCCACUGUUUCAGGACUGGGCAGUGACAGGUUCUACCAUAAACUGGAUAUUCCAAUUCGAGUAUACUCAAGAAGAAGCAAGAAAGCUGUUUAAAUGCAAAUUCAGUGUUGAAGCCCCUGCUACUACUAUGUCUUCUCAGGAUUCAGAAUCCUUUAGCACAUCUACAAUGACUCUUCCUUCGGGCAUUUUUGUUCUACCCACUACCCAGUCGGAACAUCUUCAACUAGAAGUUGAAGGUUCCUCAACUGGUGAAGUAGUAACUGAAGUCAAUAAGAGCGAUACAGGAAUUAUUUGUGAUGUCACUGGACUUGGAGAAGGAUACUUCCGUUCUUUCAGGUCCUAUUCUCUAUCAAGUCCUUCCUUGGUGUACACAAUCGGAGAAGAAGCCAUUGCCAACAUAGAGUGGCCUGAAGAAAUCACCGAACAGGAAGAAGCUGCAGUUGACGAAGAUAUCAGAGCUAAGGAAUUAGAAGUCAAAGGAGCUUUCCAAGAAUGGGAUUGUUCCUAUUAUGGGAUUGAAGGGACUGAGGAGACUUUUGGAACGUUGUUUAGUAGUGAGAGGUUGGAGAGAAUGGAAUGAAGGAGUUUUAAGAAGUAUUGGGACUCUACUGUGGUUGUUGGCAUUGAUGUUGAUUAUGACUAUUUUCAUGAAGUCUUGAUACAGAGGAGUGUUAAUUCAGUAUAUAAUCGCCCUUUGUUGUCCUUUAUGCCAAGUACUUUGAUUUACCCUUCUGAAAGUACUCAAACUUUUGAAAUAACCUCUUCUGAUUCAUUUGGAAUUCUAUCAAGUCUUAAUACUACUUACUCUGUAAAUCUUAAUGGAGUAUCUUCAAAUUGUUCAUACUCUGCUCCUUCCAUAACCUGCAAUAUUGAACCUAACUCUACCAUCUUCUCUCUAUCACCUACCCCAUCAAUCUCUGUUGCAAUAACCCCUCAUGAUCCUUUAUUCACUCUGUACACUUCUUUGAUCCCUCUUGAAUCACCUGAAACUACCACUAUCUCUCAAUCUUCUGAAGAAUUCUCCACUGAAGCUGUUUUGACCAACACAACUGGACUCUUCUAUAACGCCUUUGAAACUCCUGCAUAUGAAGUAAGAGCUGAGACAGCUCAAGGGCUGUCUGACUCAGAAGUGCUCCUAGCUCUAAGAACUAGCCAACAAUAUGACCAUUGACUUGAGCAAAGCUGCAACUGUAGAUUUGUACUAGACCAAGAGUAUAUUACUCAAGCUAGGGUAGAAAAGCAACUGGUGUCAGCAAGAGGUGAUGUUUAUGACUACUAUGCAUAUUGUACGCUUCCUGAAGAGAUCAAGUUUUGGAAAACAAGAAUAGGCCAGAUUGAAGAGAUUGAACUAAGAGAUUCUAAGCAGAGAAUUCUUCUUAAAUAUAUUAACCAGAAGAAAGUUUAUGCACCAGUCCUACAGCUAAGUGAAGAACAAGUAGUGUUAAGCAAAGGUUUGAGAGAAGAAUUUGGUGGAAUUAGGAUUAUAAAUGGAGACCUAGAUCAGACUAAUUCAAAGUGUAUUUUUAGAAACAGAGAUACCAACAAUGGAACUAUGCAAACUAUUCCUAUAUUUUCUACUGGAUUUAUGAGCUGUCCUUUUGAUUUUACUCUUCUAAGCCACGAAAUUCAGUAUUUUGAUGUCUUUUUGAGAUAUGAGACUAGAGUAUUGAAUGAGGUUUGGGAUAUCCAAAUAACCAGAAACUCUUUAAAUAAUGAAAUAACAUACAGUAAUAUCGAAUCUACUUUUGAAAAUGAAGGAGUGGUAAUAAUUAACUCAGCUUUCCAGAUAUACUUUGACAAUACUGAAAGAGUAAAAUACUCUGAAGACACAAUUAUCAGUAUAAAUCUUCACUCCAGCCUUACGAAUGUCACUCAAAAUUUGAUUCUCUCUAAAAUCAUAUUUGAAAGAAACUUUGUUACAAAUAUUGCAUCAGCAAUUUCAACAACAGAAGGAAAAUCCGAUACAUCAAAUCUUGAAGUAUUGAGCGAUAGAGACACAGCCAAAGGGCUAUCUAUCACUGCUGCUCUACAUCCAUCAAGAAGUAUAUUUAAGAACUCAACAGGUAUUCAACUGUGCUUCAUGCUUUCUACAAACGGAAUUUUAGUCUGAUCUUUGAAUCAAUUUUACAUCUUACAGCCACUUGAAUGUAGUAUUUCUCCAGUAAAGGCAGCUAUAUCUAAAGAUCCAAGCCUGAUCACCUUAAAUUGUUCUCUCAGACAAAUAUUUGAAAUCAAUGAGCAAUCUCCUGAUAUCAGACUUGCUAUUUCAGCCUCUGUUCCUGAUGAAGUCCUGAUAGAUGAAGUAGUUUCCCCUAUAUUGCAAGAGAAACAGCAGAUUAGCUUUAACAUUUCAUCUAAGAUAGUUGAUAGCUCUCAAGAUGAAAUCACAAUGAACUUGAAAGUUCUUGCACUUGAAUGCCCAAACUGUAAAAGCUCAUUAUUAGACUGCAAUAAAAUUCAGCAGUGAAGUCAGAAUGAUCAAUCUAGCCGACAAAAGAUCUUUUGGUCAUGUGAUAAUACUGGAUCUAACUGAGAUAAUGAUUCUACUGAUUUGAACACUCUCGAGUACCAUUCUAGUCAGGGUAGCUUGCAAUAUACUAAGAUCAGAGAGGACAUUAUUCUCCAAACCCAAGCGAGAUUAGAGACUUUACAAUUAUUUAACAUCAAGACUAUAGAAACUCUGUACACUAAUUCUCAGACUAAUCUGACAGAUAAUUUGGAAAUUACUUCAGCGCAAGAAAUUCAGGAUAAUAUCAGAGGGUCAUUGAAAUGCUUACAAACUCUUUCUUCAGGUAAAACCUUCUCAUCGACUCCUGUAUUUACCUCUUCGAUGAGUCUAUACUGCUCUGUAAUGGUUCUAAGCCGAAAUGAGAAAUCCCAGGUCACAUUGUUAUAUUUGCUCGAAGGAUCUGAAGAAGUGGUCUCCAAUAAUAUUACAUUACAGACAUUUGCUUUUGAUAUCAGCAAGUAUUAUCCCUUACUCUCUUUCAAGAAUGGUGGAGGAAAGUUUACAAUCGAGAUAGAACCAGGAAUACUAAACUUUGAUUGCUCUUCCAGCUCAAAGGCAGAAGGAGUUGAGAGACUUAAGACUCUUGGCUGCCAGUUUGGGCUAUCAACUAUUUUGCCAGCUACUUUUGUGUCUAAUACAAAACUGACUUGCCAGAUACCUCCUUGGUCACAGAAUAAGAAUAUUGUAGUGAAUCUAAUAAGCUUCGACUCUACCCAGAGAAUUCUUGGAGAUUCACUUUCUCUAAGAUAUUGUGACUACCAAACUUGAGCGGAAGAAUAUAAAUGAAGAUAUAGUCUAUAUCAAGAUGGAGUCCAAAUUUAUCAAACUAUUGUGGAAGAAGGCCUUAGCACAACUUCCACAAGAGCAAAUACAACUUCUUACUGCACUGGAGAGUCAUUAAAAUAUUCAGGGAGGUAUAAAAUUGAAGUCUCUGUUGAUGAUGGAGAUACUUGGAUUGAGACCAGCUCAGAUUUAGUCACUAUACAAUCAAAUUACUCUGAAUUUAGCAUUAUCCAAUCAAGCAAAAGCUAUGUUUACCUCCCUGGAAGAAACACUAUCAAAUUGAUUUCUAAUUAUAAAGCAGACAGUGGAGAUAUCUUCGUUGAAGUUCAAACAAGUGUCAAUCAAAUCUAUAACAUUGCGCCUACAAGUGCUACUUCUCUUGAUAUUAGCUUUAUUAUUGACUCUACAGAGAUUGAAGAAUAUCCAAGUUUCUUGAGAUAUCGUCUUGGUAUAACUUCCAAAGGCCUUUACACUAGCUGGACUGGUUUAGAAAUCAGAAUAAAUGCAGUACUUCUGAAUGUGUUGCCAAGAAUCAGCUGGGGAAUCGAUAGCUUACAGAAUAUUAGUUCUAUUCAUAAUAUCCAGAAAUAUUUACCAAUGAUGUUUGAGAUUCAAGCUACUCAAUACUUAUCAGGAAUCGAUGAUGUUUAUUGAACAUUUGAUUCUCCUCAAAUCAGAGAUGGGCAAGGAAUCUUCUGGAUAAUAAAAGCAGUGGAGGAGAGCAAUAAACUUCUUUGAAAAAUUACUGAAGUAAGUGAUUUAAUCACAAAAUUCCUUGAUGAAGAGAUUUCUCUGACUGUGACAAAACAUCUUGAUGUUUACAAUCCUGAAAGUGGCAUGUUGAUAACUAUUAGGCCUAUUCCUCAAAUCACUACAAUAAGUAUUGACUCAAUUGAGAUGAUGAAUACUUCUCUAUCAGAUAUCGAUCAUUUAAAUCUGACUGUUACUGGUAUCAACUUCAGAAUAGAUACUUUACGGAAUUCCUAUCUAGAUUUUAUUGACUCAGAAGGCAGAUUGAUUCAAUUUGAUACUGAUUUUGCAAUUUUUGAUCAUACAGAUACUCUGAAGAUGGUAAUCCCUCAGCCCUUAACUAUUGAAAACUUAUUGCUGCCAAAUCGACUUAUUCUUCAUUCAGGUAUUUCAGGUACUGAGUUCACUUCUAUUGAAAAUCCUCCAGAUGAAGAAGCUAGCAUCAUAGUCGACCAUUCUGUGAUAACUCUUGACUCGACAGGAGAUGCUAGUAUCAGCCCUAGUAUUAUAAAUAUAACAUUCCAAGAUCCUAUUCCAUAUACAGAAGAUAUUAAAGCUUACUUGUUGCAUUAUUUAAGUGGGGAAUACUCACUUACUAUCAUUUCGUACAAUAGGCUUGAGUCUGAUAAUUCCCUUCUUGCUUCUAUAACGGUCAAUCUUCCAAUUAUCUCCACUCCUAAAAAGCUCGAAGUUUACAUUGAGCCUAUACUUGAGCACAGAAUUGUAUUUGAGAAAUCAGAGUUCGAGUAUAAGAUGAAUACCCUAAUUGAGGUAGAAUUCCCUGUGAAUAAUACUGUCAUUCCACCGGUAAUGAUCCCUUCACCUAAAAUUUACAAUGUUACACCUGAUGAUACUGAUGAUGAGAUUACUAGAUUUAUGAUAUCAGGUGAGGAUCUUGACAGUAGUAUUGAGUGUACAUACUCUUCACCUGUAAAAACUGUACCAAUUGUAUUUAUAAAUUCUUCAUAUGGGUAUUGCGAUCUCACUUGGACUGCCAAUGUUUUCCAAGAGAUUGUCCUCUUCACAAAUGGAACUAAUCUUCAUCAAGUAACUUAUUCUAAAACUAUUAGCCUUGAAGAGCCAAGUAGAGAUCUCUCCUGGUGAAUGAUUGAUAACUACAGAUCGAUAUUUGGGGUGAUCUCUGAGAGUGAAAAGCAAUGCUCUAUUGAAUAUGGCUAUAACCUGUUUUCUUACCCUGUAGAUAGCCUAUUUUCCAACGAUACUUACACAUCUGUAGAAUUUUCUAAAGUUGUUCCAAACGUACUUAGAGAUGCUCAGUCCGACCCUGUCACUGAACUCCAUGUGCUAGGAAAAGGAAUCACUCAAGAAUAUGAUGGCAAAUUAGCGUGUCACUUCACAGCUGGAGAUUCUUAUAGCCAGGUUGUUGAUGCAAAUAUAGUCUCAGAGAAUAUAAUAAAAUGCAGCAUUCCUUAUGAUGUUUAUCAAUUUGGAGCAUCGACUAACGAUAUAAGUCUUGGGCAUGUUCUCCUAUCUGUUAAGCAUAAAGAUAAAAGCCUGAUUGUCCCAAACUCAGAGUUCAUAUUGAUAACAAAUUCAGUGAUAAGGAUUACCACAAGAGCAAAGAUUAUGUACUUUGACAAAAACAAUCAAAUUGUACAAAUAGAAUUACAAGACUCUUCAGAUGUCUUGGAUCUUUCAAAUAUAUUAUCAAAAUAUAGCCAAGGAUUAUCUGCUCCUACAAAGAGUUACAGUUGCACAUUUACUGAUGCUGUAGGAGAAGUUCUGUUUUCAUCAACUAUAAAUACAGAUUAUGAUAGAAUAGUCCUAUCUAGGGAAGGGUAUCCAGAUGUGAAGUAUUUUACCCUGUAUUGUAACUAUCCUAACACAGCUUCUUCUGUUAUACCCACAAAGAUGUACAUAUCUGAGAAAUACUCUUUCCAAACACUUGAAUACAAUUUUAUUAGUAAUUCUAUUGAUAUUAUUGUUGAAGCACAACCUUUAGUGACCUCUGUCACUUCAACAGGAUUUGAUACUAAUGAUGCUGGAGUGGUUACUCUUGCAGGGACUUUUGAUACAUCUAGGACUUUAUACCUUAGGAUAACCCAUCAAGAUUGGCUAAAGCAUCAGGUUGUUCCUGUAAAUGUCCUUACUUCUACUCAAGCUGAUUACAACCUGGUUUUAGAUAAAUCUCUCUAUAUUCUUGAAGUUUCAUACUACAGUGACCAAUUCUGUGAUUCUUUACCCUGGGAAAAGUACAAGAAGACGAUUGACGAUAUCAAUUUAGAAUGAAUAGCUUACGAGCUAAAUGUAACCUCAACUCCUGUGGUUCAAAGUGACUUCACACUAAAUUUAAAUGCUGAUAUAGUAGAUAGGUGCUGCAUCUACCCUGAGACAACAUUAUUAACAAAGGUAACUGAUGUUGAUAACUCGGGGAAUAUUCUGAAUUGAGAUAUCCCUUCAAAUGUGAUAAACUCCACUCUCCCAGAUCAACUUGUGGAAGUAUGUCUCUUCACUGAUGGAACUCCAGCACUUGAGGUUCUGAGGUCAGAUAUACUUGAAAUUACUAGUAUUGAACCAUCUGUUUUAUUCAAGAAUCUAUACACAACUUUAGAGAGUUCUUAUGAGACUAUCAAGGUGUUUGUCUCACAUCUCCCACAAUUCACAGCAAAGAUGGAUUGCAAGUACAAUAACAUAGUUCUCACAUCUCUUGGAACUGGUGAUGAUGGCUCAGGAAACAAAUACGUGCUAUGCCCAAUCCCUCUGUUUCCUAAUUUCGAAGGAAGUCUGGCAGAAGGAAACAAAUCAGUCUUGGUUGAAUUACAAAAUUGAGGAGAGAAAAUCUAUACUUCUGCUUCAUCAAGUGUUCAUACAGUGAAGAUACUGGAUACUCCUGAGAUAGAUACAAGCUCCAAGAUGUACUUCCCAAGGUUCAUAGAGUACCCUCUAGACUCAGUUAUUAGGGAUGAAGAUAAGCUUGUGAUAACAGGAACUAAUUUUGAUUCUAGCUUUACAUAUUAUUGAGCAUUUUUGUAUGGAUUAUCUGCUGUUGAUGAAAUACAAGCAGAAUUCCUAACAUCCACCACUAUUAGAUGAAGACCAAUUGAUUUUGAUCAUGAAGCAUUUGUUGGACUGCAAGUAAAAGUAGUGUCUGGAGGAAUCUCAAUAUUUGCUUAUGGAACUAUUGAUCUUUUCUUAUACGAAAUGCCGAAGGUGCAAAAAAUAUUCCCAACUUAUGCUUCUUAUGACCAACAAGUAGAAGUGAGUGUCACUAUAAGCUCUUUGCCCUAUAUCCACAAUGUUCAUUGAAAGUUUGGAACUACUGAUGCUGCUUUAGUGACUAUUUAUAGACAAGGUAAGCAGAUUAUCUGUAAAGCUCCUGUAAUCAGUAGUAGCAAUCCAACAGAAUCCAUUAAAAUGCAUAUAUCUGUGGACAAUCACUUUUGGUAUGAGUCUGAACAAGACUUAAUCUUCUUUGCAACACCUACAUUCACAGGGGUGGACUCUCUCAUAAUGCCUUUGUUUGCUAGAAGUCAUAUAGUUGUACAGGGGACUAACUUCAUAGAUACAGGAAGUCUCUUAAUUUGUCGGUUGAAGAUUACUUCUAACGAAUAUUAUGAUUUGAAAGUAGAGUAUAUCUCUUCGACAGAGCUGAGAUGUCUUAAUCCUCCUCAUUACCUAAGUCCUAUAACUGGGGUAGAGCUCUCAGUAACUUUCAACAUGCUGAACUUCUACCAGGUAGUUAAUAAUAUGGAGUAUAAAAAUGUACCGAAGGUGUUCACAAUCGAUAAGAUUUAUGGUAAAGAGAGCCCUGUCAGCAACACAAUCACAGUCACUGGGGAAGGAUUUACAGACUCAACACUGGCUUCUGUCGGAGGAUUUAAAGAUGAUAUUGUGUUUACCCCUUCAAGUGACACCUCUGGAACUUUUGAUCUUCCUGCCUAUGUGAACAUCUCAGAAAUCACUGGCAGUCCUUAUACCUAUAUGUGCUAUUUUGAUUUAGAAGCUGACAUGUCUAGGUACUGAGCAAACUCUUAUCAGACUGGAAAGAUGGCUUUCUGAUUUGUAGCAUCUAAUUCAAUGCUUCCACACCAUUACCUAGUCUCUAAAGAAGAUUACGGGUGGGUUUGAAUAGACAAAUUCCCAAGAUCAAGGAUUGAAGUUGGCAUUCCAGGGUUAGAUUUUUCAUUUAACGGAGUUUCUUAUCAAUACCUUGAACUACCAGACAUAGAUACUACAGAUCCAAGAGCAGUAUUCAAGGAUACAGCAAACACUAUCUUGGUCAAAGGAGAAGGUUUCUGGGAUACUGAUGCUCUCAGUUGUAGAUUAAGGACUACUGAUUCAACAACUACUUUAAGCCUUCUAAAUACUAAUUACAUCAAUUCAACAACUAUUGGUUGAGAAUUUCCUGCAGUCUCAAGCACUUCAGCUACUUACAAGAUCGGUGUAACUCUGAAUGGUUAUGAAUUUACAGACGAAGUAGAUGAAGCCCAGAUAUAUGUAAAUGAUCCUUUGACAAUAGUCUCUGUAUUCCCAAUUGUAAUGUUCAAAAAUGCUAUCGAUGUAAAUAUCCUAGUCAGAGCAUACCCUCUUAACUCUCUUCAGACCUACUUCUGUGUAAUACAUGAGUUCUAUAUUCAAGGAGAGAUUUAUACAGACUCUGGAGGAGUGACUUUUGUGAACUGUACCAUUCCUUCGUAUGAAGCCAUUGCUAACUCUGCUACAACGCCCAUCCCAUCAAACGGAGAGGUAAAUAUAAGGCUUGCCUCAGGAGGAGUUCUAUUCACAGCUUCAGGAGUAGUAUUCAGGUUUCUAGACCAAGACCAGGUGAAUGGAGUAACUCCACUGAAUGGGCCUGAUACUGGAGGGACUAAUAUGACAGUGACCUUAUCUAUCGAUCAGACCCAGGGAGAUAUAGGAAACGUGUACUGAUUGUUCUAUGGCUCUGUAUCUGUGCUAGCUGUAGCAGCUCCUCCAUUCGACUAUUCUUGAAUAACACCAGCAUUGAAUUAUGAUCUCUGAAAUUCAGGAUACGACUGUUCUUCCAGCUUUGGAGUUUCUGAUACAACAAACAAGAAAAUUGUACUCUACAAAGAAUAUGCUGUUGUUGAAGUCGAGAUAAGGAUUGCAGAUACUACAGACAGCGUAUUCCAAUUCACAUACAACAGAGGGUUAGAAAUAGUCACCUUUGAUCCUCCAUUUGGGUUUUAUGAUCAAGCCAAAACUCUAACUCUAAGAGGGAAUAACUAUUUCCCACAUAUCCAGAUCGAGUGAAAGUAUACUAUAGGAACGGAGAUUAUUCUUCCAGCGAAUUAUAUGACCAAUAAAACAGUUGGGUGAGACAUUCCAGCUCUUGAUACUAGUUAUACCCUCCCUUACUUCUUGAAUGUUGAACUCUCCUUUAACUCUCAAAGAGAUUGGACUAGUAAUGGAAUCAACUAUGCUUACUGCAAGAAAAGUAUUGUGAAUAGCAUGAUUCCAACUAAAGGCCCUGUCACUGGAAACACAGUAAUUCAGAUAAACUAUGGAACUCUUGGGAAAAGCGAUGGCUGUUUAGACAUUCUGGAUAGAAGCAUAAAUCCCACACUCACCUCAGCGUAUAUUCAUUGAAGAUUUGAACUAUCGACAGAUGCUACGAAGUAUUUUGAGACAACUAUUCAAUCCCAUGAUACUACAAAUAAACUGAUUUCAUGCAAUACUCCUAGUGCAAAUCUCAUCCUUGGAACUUUAUUCUCCUCAGGAGGAGAUGUCAAAGUCUCUUUAACAGGCACGGAUGAAACGUUUGUAUUUAGUUACGAACCUGUAUCUGAAAUAUCAGGGUUAAGCCCUAAUUUCAUUUUUGCAGAAGAUAAUGUUACCAUAGAGAUCACUGGAACUAACUUUUUCUUCGAGGAUAUUGCACUUACCAAGAUCAUACUGAAAAGUCAGGAUAUUGAGGUCCAGAGAUCUCCUUCAAUGAUUAAUUCUACCCAUAUGACCGUUGAGUAUUAUGAGAAUGAGUUUGCUCCAAGAUCAAGAGUUGAAGUCACAGUAACUUUCAAUGGGGAGGAGUACUAUAAAGCUCCUGAGUUUAUAUCUGUAUCUGAACGUUUUACUCUAGAAAAGUUAUCACAGGAAAUAAUAUCAACAGCAGCAACAACUAUUUUGAUUGAUAUUUAUGAAGAAGCUGAUUCUGAAGGAGGUAUUUGGGACACUCAGGAAAAUCUCAAAUGAUCAUAUAACGGAGGAGCAUAUAUUGAGAAAGCAACUUAUAUAUCAAGUUUUCUAGUCCAAUGAGACCUUCCAUCUGCUUCCUUCACAACUUUAGACGUUAGUCUGAUUAUAGAUGCUACAAAUCUGUUUAUUUCUACUAAUUCGUUGACUAUUAAAUUUGUCAAUGCUCCAACUUUUGGAUCUAUUUCUGAUACAGGAAUAUUCUUAACUCUCAGUGGAGCAAGGUCGCUACUAUACUCACCUUUAAGUCAGAGGACUGCAACUAUAACAGGUUCUGGGUUCCAGAACUCCCCGAACAACACAGUGUAUGCUUACUUCGAAGGUGGAGAAGUCUUUGAAAUUACUGCUAAUUCUGAUACCGAAAUACAACUUCCUUUGCCUAUCACAGAUCCUGGAGACGUACUUGAAAAGGUGUAUAUAAGCGUUGACAAGAAUUAUUUUUCUGCAGUUUCUCUUGUAGAUCCGAUCCAUAUAACAUCAUGCCCUGACGGAAGUUAUUGUGAAGGAAUCUUAACAACUACUUGCCCAGCAGGGACCUUUUGUCCCAAGAAUCAAUUAGGAAGGCAUCUAGCUUGUGGCCCUGGAUAUUUACAGACCUCAGCUGGAUCCUUAAAUUGUGACCAAUGAAGUGAUGGAACUGACUCAAAGUUCUGCCCUUAUAGCUCUGGAAGCCAAGUUUCAUGCCCACAAGGAUUCAUCUGAAAUAAUAAGACUGACAGAAUUGAAGCUGAUAUGAACAUUUGUCCUGAAGGAUUAGUCUGAGAUUCAACCACAACCACCAUUGAUAUCUCUGCAGGUAUUGGUACGGCAGGAGCCCCAGCAGCUUGUCCAAAUGGAAGAUGGUGAGGCAAAGGAACUUACAGUGGCACUCAUAUUAGUGGAGACAUGAGGACAUCACAAUUUUGCUUUGAUGGAAAUAUCUGUGGACAAAAUGCAGAUUGGACUACUUCAACAACACUUACUGGGUCUAAAGACUCUUAUGGAAGUUAUAAGUGACCUAUUUCUCAGUUCUGACAAGACGGAAAGUCUAGCCCAUGACCUGAUGGAGCAUUUUGUCCAACCGAAGGAAUUAGUCUGCCUGAUUAUUGACAAGCAGGAUUCUUUUCAACUUUAGGAGCAACUGAGUGAUCGAAAUGUAAAAUUGGUACUUUCUGCCCAAAGAUUGGAACCUCUAAACCGAUUCAAUGAUCUCCUGGAAGUGUUUGUCAGUUAGAUGCUCAACUUGGAAUAACUCAACUUUGACCAGCAGGAUCUUACUGUGUCUCAAAAACUGUAACUCAAAGAAUUAGUGGCCACUCAAUAGAUGUUGACUAUAUUCCUGUUGAAUGAGAUCCAGGAACAUAUUGACUUUCAGGUGUAUAUACUCCUAUUGUAAACUCAAGUAACCCUCAGGCAGCUCAAAAUUGCAUUGAGGGAUCAUAUUGUGAAAAGGGAACAUCUUCACCUUCAGGAACUUCAUGACCACCAGGCCAUUAUUGUCCUAAAAAUUCUCACGCUCCAACUCCAACAGAUCCUGGAUACUUUGCUAGUGGGUAUGGAAAUGUGCAACAGGAGCCUUGACCUCCCGGAACCUUCUCGAAUCAAAGUAUUGUUUCUGAAUGUACUGUUUGUCCAGCAGGUUAUGAAUGCCCUUCAGAAGCAACCAUUGUGCCAACUCUUUGAGGUCAAGGAACAUACAAACCUGAGAAUUUCAAUUUAAUCUUUUGUGAAUUAUGUCCUCAAGGAACAUGGUCUAAUAAGACUGGACUCACAGCUGAGAGUGAAUGCACUCUCUGUGAACCAAAGAUUGUCUGCAUUGUUGCAGGAAUGACUUCUCUCAACCAAUCUAUUGACUGUCCUGAAGGAUAUGUCUGCCCUAAUUAUGGUACAACCAGUUUUACAAUGUUCAGUAAUCCAUGUCCCGAAGGGUACUACUGAGGAACAAGAACCUCGACAAUUAGUGAUUACCAUUAUUGUGACCGAGGGUUAUACUGACCUAAAGCAUCUACAAGUACGGGAAGGACUCAAAAUAAGUGCCUUAGUGGGUAUUUUUGUCCCUUGGGAACUGCAGCUGAACUGAACUCUCUUGGUACUUUCGAAAAUGUAUAUCAAUUGCCGGUUGCAAGAGCCUUAGAGGGAACCUCUAGCUACCCUCCUUGUUCAGAAGAUAACUCUUUGCCCUCGGAACUGAUUGAACAAUAUAUUGCAGGAGGAACUCAAUUAAAAUGCCCAGAAGGAACAGGAAGUGGCAGAGGAGCAUGGUGUAUCGGCCAAUGAGUAAUUUCCUCAGAAACCAUCGUUGAUACUUUCAACCCAGUUAAUGGAUCUUCAACUGUUGAUGGAGAUCUUAACGUAGCUGGGGAAAAUACAGAUUAUAAUGGAAGAAUGCUUGGAGGGAACGAUGAAAAUUCUGGAAGAAAUCUUGCAACAGAUCCAUUAUCUAUCUCACUCUACGAAUAUACAUUAGACCCUCUGCAUACUGCAAAAAUCUACAUGGACUUUAGUGAUGUUCCUUCAGGAUUUAUCUACAAUACUCAUUAUAGGAUAACGAUUACAGACGAAGAUAAUACUGAGUUGACUCUUCCAAGAUAUUUCUCUUCUUCUAUAUCAGCCUUUGAGAAUAGGCAAUUAGAAAUCAGGGUUCAUAAUAUGAAUAGUGAGAAGAAAACCUUCAAGUUUGGAAUAUACCUCCUUCAUGGAUUGUUCAAACCUUACAAAGAGUUUUUAAGGAACAAAGUGUCUAUCUUCAUGUAUUACUCUACUAGAUCCAAUGUGAAGGCAAAGACUACUUUUGGAUUUUUGAUUUCAUCAACAUUCUUGAAUGAUAUUACGAUUCCCUAUAAUGCACCGGAUGUAACAGCAGAUCAGACUUUCUUCCUAGAUAUGACUGCAAGUAUUGGACUUUUACCAACAAGAGGUUAUGACAAGGAUGUGUAUGACUCAACAUAUUGGCAAAGUAGACAGAUUACAUCAGCUAUUAUGAGUUGGGUCCCUUUCUUCUCAAACUGUGAGGGAUAUGACAGCAAAGUUCUGUUCUAUGAUAUUGUAGAGAGAAACAGUGAAUGCCAACUUCCAUUCUCAAACCAAACUAAAGUAGUCGAUCCAAUCCCAAUGACUGGGAUGAAUCCAACUGCUGAUGAGUGUAAACUCCAAAUUAAAUGAAGGUAUGAUGAAGUAAUCGACACAAACGUAGCUACAUCAAAUAGGUGGUAUUCACUCAAAGAAUCCCAGACUAUAUUCUUGAUGACUAGAGAUCCUAUUAAUUCGGAUUCCUUUUUCUCUAAAUCCGGAGAUUCUGAUGACACUGGCUUUGUCUCUAAAAUUGCAGAUGGAUCAGAUGCAUUAAUUGAAGCUGAAAUUUUCCCAAUGGUGCAACAAGGAAUGCCAACAAAUGUGACUCUAAAGAUCUUAUAUUAUCAGCGAACUUCUGAGGCAAAGAGAAUAGUCAAAGUUAGCAUUAUCUUGUCAGACUAUGAAGAGAUCUCAGAACAAGAAGAUGCACAAUACACUCUAAAUAUUGAAUACAGGGCUAUGAAUUUCUUUGAGUUGAUCAAUAAUUUCCAAUUCUCGAUCUAUAUCUACAUCCUGCUGUUCACAAUCAUCUCAAUGUUCUUGUUUGUAUCGGUCUUGUUCGUUUGGUUUAUCCAUUAUUUGAUAAUGAGCAGGAAGAAACCCCCAGUGAUAAAGUUUAUGCAUAUGGCAAGAGUAACAUUCGGACCCCCAACAAUAGGCUCCCUCCUUGCAAGUAUUCCUAUUUUCUGUGCUGCAGGUCUUCUCAAAUUUACACAAAACUUAGAAGUUCUGGACGGCAUUCCUGCAGAAUGGUCAAAUCAGGGAAGCGAAAUUGAUGAUUCUGAGAAAACACUUGACAAAAGAGGUCGACUCGGAGUCCAGUUCAUUAUUAUCGGAUUCGUGUGCUUAUUCUAUGGAGCCUCAGUAAUGAUCAGUAAGCCUUCGACUGAAGAAGAGAAAAUUAUUAUCGAAAAUAAUAAAAAGCAGAGAAUUGAUGAAAGACUAGACGACUCUCUCAGCGGCUCUCAAUCUACAAUGUAUGAUGAAAAGAAACUAGCUGAAGAAGAUGACAGAGAGGAAGAUGUCAAAGUCAGAUCAGCCCUUACUUGGAAAAGACGACAUUUCUUAGUCAUGUGUAUGAUAAUCACUAUUGGGCUGUUAGUUAAGCUCCAGUUUUCCUACACAAAAAUGUUCUCUGACAAUAUCUACACUUUUCUGAUCUUAUUCAUGAUUAUGGAUAUUAUCCUAGAGCAACUUCUAAACAGAGUGAUUAUGUCUGAGUCUUUGCUAGUGUCACCAAUUUUAGGAGCCUUUGUUAUCACAGAGUUUAUUAUGACAAUGGGUGCUGAUGAUUUCCAGAACUUUAUCAUUUCUUACUUCAUUGAAACUGCACUAGUUGUAGGAGGAAGAAUUUACAUAGGCCCAGCUGUUGAAAGAAUAGAGUAUUAUACCCAGAAAUUAGCGAUUUGGCUUUCAUUAAAAUUUAGUUUUGCAGAAAGAAUUUUCAGAAGGAUUUUGAGAAGACAGCUUUUAAUCCAGACACAAUUGCAGAAUUUAUCUGAAUUCCAUCAUUUCAACAGAAAUAGACAGAAAGAAACCGGUGAAGGAAUGGAAGCCUUAUUAGGAUCAGUUGCAUCAUAUGCUUCACAAGUGCAAGCACUUUUCAUUACUCCAAUUGUACUUAUAUUCAUCAUUUUCUUUGCUCAGGAGACCAAAAUUCCUCAGAGUUAUUCUAUCAGAAAGACAGAUUUAAACUAUUAUCUGAUAUUCACUAUUAUUCUGAUUAUUCCUCAACUGGUCAUCAACAUUUUCUUGCUACAUAUUCUUGAGAUAUUACAUGGCUUUAAGAUCUAUGAUUACUUAACAUAUUGUGACUAUAAGUUUAAGAACAGAUCUAAGAAAUGGAUCAACCAGCAAGCAUUGGAUAAAUCAAUCCUGCAUUCGUUUAGGUCAUUGGACAAUAUGUCGUUCUCAUCUCAGUUCUACUUCAUUAUCACCUUAGUGACAUGGGGAAUUGUAAUCCUAGAUUUGGGAUUGAUCACAAUGAUUGAGAAUAAGUACAACCCAUUUGGAGAUCCUGUGCUGAUCACUUAUAUAAUCGCAAUUGUACUCGGCACAUUCAUACUAAAGCUAGUGCUUAAUACGAUAGCUGGUUACUUCAGCCUCUGGAAGCAAAACCCUGCAAACGACCACCUCAAGUUGGAUGUCAGAGCUAUUACUAUUCUUGAUAAGGAGCAUGACAUGAGAAGACUGCUGAAUCUGAUUUAUCACAACCAAGGUUUUAGGCACAAGUUCAUCAGAGUCAACAGAGCUUGGGUAAUUGAGAAUCUGGCCAAGGUUCUUAAUAGAGAAUACGUCAUGAAUGAUGACGACCAGUUCUUGCUCAAUGUGUACCAAGAAGCAGUCAAUGCUGACCAUGUUGAAGAGAAGUUAAAGAAGGAGCAAGAGAAAAUACAGAAAGAUCUAGCCUUAAUGCCUUAUAAUAAGAAGAAUGAGGAGUUAGUUGAUGUGUCUGAUGAUACUAUCGGAGAUAUACCUAAUCAUAAUUGGGUUGUACCAGAUUCUAUUGAUACUGUUCCGAAGAUCAAGAAGUUGUCUCACACAUGGCUUAAGUUUGCCAGGCAGUUUAUGAAACUCAAAGAAAUGAUUGUCGACAUUGUUGUAGAUAAAUUAGACUCAAAAUGAGCUAGAUGUAAAUCAACCUUCAGACUCCAGGUAAUUCAAGAGUAUUCGUUCUAUAAAGUAGCUGAAGAAUACAGAAAGAAAAUGAAAAAUGUCGGACUUACCAGGAAAGGAUUCAGAAGAUUCUAUAAUCAUUACCAGAAGUUCAGCACCUUAUGCAUGGAAUGUGCUUGGUUGAGACUUAAUGAUAGGCAGUUGCUAGCACAUGCUUCACCGAUUUAAGAUAUAGCAAAUAGAAAAUAAACA